AUGUCAAAUGUUUUGAAUGAAAGUAGCGAACACGGGGACGACAAUGGCGACGUAAAUGCGGUCGUACCGCAACUAAGUCGUCUUUUUGAUGUGGAUUGCUAUCUAAAGAAUUACAGAAAAGAAAUAGAACGACGCUACAGAGAAUUCAGAACACUACUUCAAAGAAUUGAAACGAAUGAACCUGGUGGCAUUGACAAAUUCACACGUUCCUACGAAGAAUUCGGAGUUCACGCACACUCAGAUGGGACCAUAACAUGGAAGGAAUGGUGCCCUGGAGCCACAGGUCUCUUCCUUUGGGGAGAAUUCAACCAAUGGACCGACAACCAAUAUGAAUUCAAGAAUAUUGGCUACGGCAAAUAUGAACUUACCCUACCACCUAUUGUCAACCAAGAGACAAAUUCAGUUGUGCCUAGAAUUCCGCACAAUAGUAUUGUUAAGUUACGUGUGGCCACACGUGACGGCCGCCAUAUUGACCGCAUUUCGCCAUGGGCUAGUUACGUCACGAGGACUGAGAAGGCUGUUGUAUACGAGCAGAAGUUUUGGAAUCCUCCGCAGAAGUACAUCUUCAAAAACGCGCGACCAGCCAAGCCGAGCUGUCUGAGGAUCUACGAAUCCCAUGUGGGUAUUGCCUCGUGGGAGGGGAAAGUAUCCACGUACAAACAUUUUACACUGGACGUGCUACCCAGGAUUAAGAAAUUAGGUUACAACUCCAUACAAUUGAUGGCCAUUAUGGAACACGCCUACUACGGGUCAUUCGGCUAUCAGGUCACCAGCUUUUUCGCUGCAUCCAGCCGCUACGGACCUCCGGACGACUUGAAAGAGUUGAUAGACGCGGCACACGGAAUGGGAUUGGUGGUUCUUCUGGAUGUUGUGCACAGCCACGCCUCUAAGAACUCCGCGGACGGACUGAACCAAUUUGAUGGUACCAACGGUUGCUAUUUCCAUGAUAACAGUAGAGGCUUUCAUAAUCUCUGGGAUUCUAGAUUGUUUAAUUACACUGAGUGGGAGGUUCUACGUUUUUUGCUGUCGAAUUUGAGAUGGUGGGUGGAGGAGUAUCAGUUCGACGGAUUCAGAUUUGACGGUGCUACUUCAAUGCUCUACCAUCACCAUGGCAUGGGAACCGGAUUUAGCGGUCAUUACGACGAAUAUUUCGGUAUGAAUACGGACACGGAAUCCCUUGUCUACCUCAUGCUGGCCAAUCAUAUGCUGCAUACAACUUACCCUUUUAUUAUUACCAUAGCAGAGGAAGUUUCGGGCAUGCCAGCACUCUGCAGACCGGUCGACGAAGGAGGGACCGGGUUCGAUUACAGGCUGGCCAUGGCUAUUCCCGACAAGUGGAUUAAGCUACUGAAGGAGCAGCAAGAUGAUCACUGGAACAUGGGUGACAUCGUCCACACACUGACCAACAGGAGACAUGGAGAGAAACACAUUUCAUACGCUGAGAGCCAUGACCAGGCUUUGGUAGGAGACAAAACACUAGCCUUCUGGCUGAUGGACUCCCAGAUGUAUACCCACAUGUCCGUCCUCUCUCCUGAUUCGCUGGUCAUCGAUCGGGGCGUUGCCCUACAUAAAAUGAUCAGACUCAUCACCCACGUCCUGGGGGGUGAGGGCUACCUCAAUUUUAUGGGAAACGAAUUCGGUCACCCGGAGUGGCUGGACUUUCCAAGGGAAGGCAAUAAAGAAAGUUAUCAUUACGCUCGCCGACAGUACCCCCUGGCGGAAGACCCUCUACUCAUCUACCAGUUUUUGAACAACUUUGACGUCCAGAUGAAUUCCCUAGAGGAGAAAUAUCAUUGGCUGGAUAGUUCUCAGGGUUACGUAAGUCGCAAGCACGAGUCGGACAAGGUCAUUGUCUUCGAAAGGGCGGGGCUUAUUUUUGCGUUCAACUUCCAUCCGUCAAUCAGCUACACGGAUUACAAGAUUGGGGUCCAGCAAUCCGGAAAAUAUAGGAUAGUUUUGGAUACGGAUUCGAAGGAGUUCAAAGGUCAGCAGAGGCUGGACCACAACGUGGAUUACUUCACUUUUCCGGAAAAAUGGGAUAACAGAGAUAACCACAUGUUUGUUUAUCUCCCUUGUAGAGUGGCCAUCGUCUUAGCCCAGGAGUCCAGCGUUAAUGAAUAAAUUAUCAUGCUUCGUCCUAGCUCAUUAACAUAAUAUAUAUA